AUGCCUACACGAAAACCCAGCAAGUAUGGAAACAAGUUUCGUUCAAAUGCUGCAUCCUCAAAACCCCGACGCUCAAAAACAGUCGAAUUCAACUCCUUACGCUCCACCGAAGCAACUUCGCAAGAUGAGAAAUUUGAGGCCAUUAGGUUGGCCAACAGCAUUGAUGAAACCCUUGGUUUCCCACGGUUCGAAUCUGGCGAGGCAAGAGCUGGAUGGCUGGUCAAUAUGCACAGUACAUCGAUAGAGGACUCAAACGUGCCCGGAGGCCGUGCCGGGGUGGAUUACUACUUUCUGCAGGACGACGGGACAAGUUUCAAAGCGACUGUGGAACACGACCCUUAUUUCUUAAUUGCGGUCAAGAAAGGCUACGAAACAGAGGUUGAGGAAUGGUGUCGUCGAUCUUUUGAAGACAUGAUCAAGAAGUUUACGCGACUUGAGAAAGAUGAUCUCAGUCUUCCAAAUCAUCUCCUCGGCUACCGAAAGACCUACAUCAAGCUCAGCUUCGCCAACGUGAGCAACCUUUUGGAGGUCAGGCGCACCAUCCUACCUCUAGCGGAGAAGAAUAAGAAAAACGAGAGCGCGAUGGACGCCUAUGUUGAGAUGACCAGUGCGACUGCUGGCAUCGAUCUUUUUGACGACGAAAUUAUUAAUGAGCAACGACCUAAUGGGAACAUACAAGCGAGUGAUUUUAUAAUGGAUAUUCGAGAAUACGACGUGCCAUAUCAUGUCCGAGUCUGCAUCGACAAAGACAUUCGGAUUGGAAAGUGGUAUAAUGUUAAGGCAGAUCACGGUGUGAUAUCGUUGACCUGCUUGGAAGAUCGCCUUCAGCGUGCCGAUCCCGUCGUUCUCGCUUUUGAUAUCGAAACCACGAAGUUACCUUUGAAAUUCCCGGACGCUGCAUUUGAUCAAAUCAUGAUGAUUUCAUACAUGAUUGACGGACAGGGAUUCCUCAUUACUAACAGGGAAAUUGUUUCAGAGGACAUCAAUGAUUUCGAAUAUACCCCCAAACCCGAGUACAACGGACCCUUCAUUAUCUUCAAUGAAGCCAACGAAAGAGGAGUCCUCGAGCGGUUUUUCGAGCAUGUCAAGAUUGCCAAGCCCACGGUCAUUGCAACCUACAACGGUGACUUUUUCGAUUGGCCAUUCGUGGAGACGAGAGCCAGUGUCAACGGACUCGACAUGUAUAUGGAGAUCGGUUUCCGGAGAAACAACGAGGACAUCUACAUAGCCGACAACUGUGUGCACAUGGAUUGUUUCGCUUGGGUCAACCGUGAUAGUUACCUUCCCCAGGGAAGUCGUGGUUUGAAAGCCGUGACCGUUGCAAAGCUAGGGUACGACCCUGAUGAACUAGAUCCAGAGCUCAUGACACCCUAUGCGAGUGAGCGACCGCAGACCUUGGCCGAAUACUCGGUUUCCGAUGCUGUUGCCACCUAUUAUCUGUACAUGAAAUAUGUUCACCCUUUCAUCUUCUCACUCUGCACGAUCAUUCCCCUCAACGCCGACGAAACUCUACGCAAGGGAACCGGAACUUUGUGUGAGAUGCUGCUCAUGGUCCAGGCCUACCAGCAUGAGAUCGUCUUGCCCAACAAGCACAAGGACCCCGCAGAAGCUUUCUACGAGGGCCAUCUCCUUGAGUCAGAGACCUAUGUUGGUGGCCACGUCGAGAGUAUCGAAGCUGGUGUUUUCCGAAGUGAUAUCCCUACACAUUUUACCGUUGACCCGACUGCAAUCGAUGAACUUCUCAAUGAUCUGGAUCAUGCCCUCAAGUUCAGCAUUGAGGUUGAAGAGAAGAAGUCGAUGGAUGACAUCGCGAACUAUGACGAAGUCAGAGCCCAGAUUGCGGAGCGCCUGCUUGAUCUCAAGAACAACCCAAACCGACAUGAAGUUCCAUUUAUCUACCACUUGGACGUCGCCUCUAUGUAUCCCAACAUCAUGAUUACCAAUCGACUACAGCCGGACUCAUUGAUUGAUGAAUCGGACUGCGCCGCCUGCGAUUUCAAUCGACCCGGAAAGACCUGUGAUAGGCGCAUGCCUUGGGCAUGGCGAGGUGAAUUCCUGCCUGCCAAACGUGAUGAAUAUAACAUGAUCCGACGUGCAACUGCGAACGAACGAUUCCCAGGCCGCUUUAGUAAUUCUCCAAUGAGAUCAUUCGGUGAAUUGAGCACCGAAGAGCAAGCUGGAGUAAUGAAGAAAAGGCUGCAAGAUUAUAGUAAGAAGAUUUACCACAAAAUCCACGACAGCAAGACUAUGGAACGUGAGGCCAUCAUCUGUCAACGCGAAAACCCUUUCUAUGUCGACACUGUUCGAGACUUCCGUGACCGACGCUAUGACUUCAAAGGCAAGCAGAAGGUUUGGAAGAAUAAGACCGAUAGUUUGCAGUCAUCGGGCGCUUCAGCGGCUGAAAUAGAGGAAGCCAAGAAGAUGAUUGUACUAUACGAUUCUCUCCAGCUCGCGCAUAAAGUCAUUCUCAACAGUUUCUACGGCUAUGUGAUGCGAAAGGGUUCCCGGUGGUACUCUAUGGAAAUGGCUGGUGUGACCUGUCUUACUGGUGCCCAUAUCAUCCAGAUGGCCAGAGAACUUGUUGAGCGUAUCGGUCGUCCCUUGGAACUUGAUACGGACGGUAUCUGGUGUAUGCUCCCCGGUGGUUUCCCGGACGAAUUCAAAUUUACCUUGAAGAACGGGAAGAAAUUGGGCAUCUCAUAUCCAUGUGUCAUGCUCAAUCAUCUCGUACAUGCUAGAUACACCAACCAUCAGUACCAGGCACUUGUGGACCCGAAAACCUUCAAGUACGAGACUCACAGUGAAAACUCCAUCUUCUUCGAAGUGGACGGGCCAUAUCGGGCAAUGAUUUUGCCGACAUCUAAGGAAGAAGAUAAAAACCUGAAGAAGCGCUAUGCAGUCUUCAAUCAUGAUGGCUCCCUGGCUGAACUUAAGGGAUUCGAAGUCAAGCGAAGAGGAGAGCUGAAACUGAUCAAGAUCUUCCAGACGCAGAUCUUCAAGUUCUUCCUUGAGGGUUCUAAUCUUGCGGAGACUUAUGCUGCUGUGGCCCGAGUUGCGGACCGGUGGUUGGACGUUCUGUACGAACGUGGUUCUACAUUAGCCGAUGAAGAACUAAUCGAUCUCAUUUCGGAAAAUCGAAGUAUGUCCAAAACUUUGGAAGAGUACGGCAAGCAGAAGUCUACAUCAAUCACGACCGCACGACGCCUGGCAGAAUUCUUAGGCGAGCAAAUGGUUAAGGACAAGGGUCUAAACUGCAAAUACAUCAUUUCGUCAAGGCCACGAAACACUCCUGUCACCGAAAGAGCCAUUCCCGUGGCCAUUUUCUCGGCCGAGGAGAACAUCAAACGUUUCUUUUUGCGCAAAUGGCUGAAAGAAGACCCUGGGGACAUGGACCCCCGAACUGUGAUCGAUUGGGACUAUUAUCUGGAACGUUUAGGAUCGGUGAUUCAAAAACUGAUUACCAUUCCGGCUGCACUCCAGAAACUUCGAAACCCGGUGCCCCGGGUUGCCCAUCCCGACUGGUUGCAACGUCGAAUCAACACCAAGGAUGAUAAAUUCAAGCAAAAGAAGAUGACUGACCUAUUCACCAAGUCGGAGAAGGCUCCGCUUUCUUCGAUCAAUGCCAAUAUUCUAGACCACCGUGUUCAGCAUGCCGGUGACAUGGAUGAAGCGAUCGCAGGCUCAACCCAGAAGCUCAAAUCGCCCAGCAACAAGAUUUCCCAAAAGAGAAAGCAUCCAGAAAACACUUCAAAGACAGCCCUCGAUCCAUUCGCUAGCCUCCCGGCCUUUAUGCCCUCAAUGUCUGAGAACUACGAAGGAUUCCUCAAAUACCAAAAGCAAAAAUGGAAGAUUCAAAAGCAAGCGCGUAUUCGCCGACGUCAACUGUUUGGCGAACGAACGAACGUUGCUUCGGACUCAUUGAGUAAUUUCUUCCGCAACCAAGCUCAAAUGCUGUACAUCAGCACAUGGCAGGUCCUGCAGCUUUGUGAUACAGGUAUACCAGGAGUUGUGCGGGCUUUUGUGCUGAUUGACCAAAAGAUUCACGCCCUCAGUGUCAAUGUUCCGCGGCAAUUCUUCUUGAAUUUGAAGCGGGAUUCUCUCCCUGAUGUCGACGUACCAGACUGCGAUGUUGAGAAGGUCAACCAUACUUUGCCUAAUGGGCACCCCUCUGUCCACUUGUUCAAGCUAUCCUUGCCAGAAGAAAAAUAUCUGGAGGAAGCCGACAAGAUGGAUAUUCUUUUCCAGCACCCAAGUAUCGAGGGUGUCUAUGAAGGAAACAUCCCGCUCAGCACUCGAGCCGUUCUCAAGCUAGGAAGCCACUGUACUUUCGAUGAGCAGCAACGCGGUGUGCUCGGCGAAGGGCUGGACAAAGGAUUCGAUAUUUCAACAUUACUUCACGCUUCUUCUGACCAGCCCUAUCUGAUGGAUUCGUCGUUGGUUUUCCACUACUUGUAUCACAUUGUUUCCGGUGACAGGCAGGUAUUCGCGCUGUUCUCAACAUCCAAAAGUGAGGCACACAUCAUUGUUCUCAAUCGCACAAGGGACGUGCAGGGUUUGCCGAACGUGGAUAAAAUAUACACCGAAAUGCUUACCCGUAAGAUGCAAGCUGCGGCGGGUGACGAGACGCUGAACGCGUUUGAAUACCAAGACAAGAUUCAUUUUAAGACCACGCAGGUCAUGACGCGGAGGAAAGCCCACCUUGAAGUGGGUGAUAUGAUCAGAAAGCUUCGAAGUGAUGAAAGCCGCCCCGCGGUUCUUGUCAUCCAAUCCCAACAGAAAGACCGCCUGUGUCAUGAAAUUCCGAUCUUAAAGGAGUAUCCAAUUCUGUCUGUGAAACCCGAAGCAUCGGACAUGGAACUCCCACCCCUGGGCUGGCAGGCAUUUGUUGCCAGACGUUUAGUCACGCGCUAUCUCUACUUGUCUUCCUGGAUUCAGCAUUUGACCUUGCUCGCUCGUUACGGUGAUGUUCCACUUUGCAACUUGGAAAGUGAGGACCCUCGAUAUCUCAUCGAUAUCUCGUAUGCCAGACGUCUCCAGUCAAAUAAUGUUGUGCUCUGGUGGUCCCCAGGCCCACGUCCUGAUCAUGCAGGCUAUGAGAAGGAUGAUAUUCUAGGUGCUUUGGACAAGGUCAACAUGCCGUCAGUCAAUGUGCCAGGUGCAUACUCCACGGUAUGCAUGGAGCUAGAAGUUCGCAACCUGUCAAUCAACACCAUUCUCACUUCCUCUAUCAUCAAUGAGAUGGAGGGCAGUGAUACUUUACUAGCACCCUCUGGAGAUGGUGAAGACACUGGGGUUUUCUACUCAGAGAAAGCCUUUGCUUCUGCUGGUGUCGUCGUGCUCCGGGAAAUGGUCAAGCACUGGUGGACAGAAGCCUGCGCCGGCAACAACAUGGCGGACAUCAUGGUCCAGCAUUUGAUCCGAUGGGUCGAAAGCCCUGUCUCCUGUCUGUACGAUCGGUCCUUGCACAAUUACGUGAGAUUGCUGUCGCGCAAGUCCUUUCAGAGAUUGAUGGCAGAGUUCAGACGGGUUGGCUCGCAUGUUAUUUUUGCUAGCCCUACGCGCUUACUUCUUCAAACUACAAAGACUGAAGUUGGAAACGCCUACGCCUAUAGCCAAUAUGUCCUCAAGUCAAUUCGCGCCAACCCUUCAUUCCACUUCAUUGAUCUAGAGAUCAAGGAGUACUGGGAUUACCUCGUGUGGUACGAUGAAUACAAUUACGGAGGCAAGGGCUGCCAGGAGGUUACCGAGACCGAUGAGCAAAAUCUCGAAACCGCAAUGCAUUGGCAACUCAGUCGGUUCUUGCCGAUUCCCAUGCAAACAAUCUUCCACGACUGGGUCGUCGAGUAUAUUGAACUUAUGCAUGGCUUGAAACGGCCAGAACCUCAAGAUGGGGACAUAUCUUCGACACCCCGUCCAACACAGAUCCCUAUCGGACGGACCAACGACGGAGAUGACGAAGAAAUCACUGCCGUACUGGCAGAUCGCUUCUCGAAGCCCUUGAAGAAGCAAAUAUCAGGUUUAAUUCGAAGGCAACGUGAUGAGAUGCUUCAUCCUGAACUUGCGUCUGACUAUGCCUUCCCCGUGUUGCCUGGAGUCUUGGUCAAUCCCAAGGAAAAACGCAACCCGUCUCUGGAAUUGACAAAGCUACUGAUGCAGGUUCUGAGCUUGUCCAAAACCACAACCUUAGAAUCCCGCUUGUUGCGACGUGAACUCCUAGCGCUGUUUGAGGUUCGGGAGUUCAGCAAGGAGGGCCGGUUCGAGAACCCUAGUGCUAGCUUGAAACUACCUGAAAUGUCCUGCAACUCCUGCUGCCUCAUCCGAGACCUGGAUCUUUGUCGCGACGAAGAUGUACUGCCUGAUGCCACUUCCGAUGCCACCAAGUCUGCCCAGCCCUGGCGAUGCCCUUUCUGUCAUGCCGAGUAUGACCGGCUAGCCACUGAAGAGUUCCUCAUUGGUCAAGUCCAUGGCUUUGUUGUUGAAUGGCAAACACAGGAUCUCAAAUGUGCCAAGUGUGGUGGCCUAAAGAUGAGUGAAUUCUUGGAGCACUGCUCUUGCAGUGGUACAUGGGCCGCAACGGUCGAUCGCAAGGAGAUUGAGAAGAAACUUCGAGUGUUGGAGAGCGUGGCCAAGUUCCACAAACUGCAACUGCUGGAAAAUAUUGUUGAAGGAGUGCUGGAGCGAUUUUGA